AUGCUGCAGCUUCCAGCUCAGGCGUCGGCGCCAGCAGCGAACUACGUCCCGUAUACCCAGGUUGAUGACAUGGUUUAUAUCAGCGGCCAAGUCCCUGUGAAGGACGGGAAGAUGAUGUUUGUAGUGAGUAGAGGUGGAAAGUGCGGGAAAGAGUAUUCAGUCGAAGAGGGGUACGAGUGCGCGAAAUUGUGCGCAGUGAACCUCACUCCUGCCCUCCCUCAGAUCAAGCAAGCAUGCGGCGGCGAUCUCUCACGAGUCGAGCGCAUUGUCAAGCUCGUCGGCUUCGUCAACGCUGCCCCUGACUUUCAGGACCAUCCGAAAGUUGUCAACGGAGCUUCCGACCUCAUGGUCGCUGCGUUCCAAGACAAGGGACGCCAUGCUCGCAGAUCUGCUGUUGGUGUCGGAUCCCUACCCUUCAAUGUUGCGGUGAGCAUGAGCUCGUGUAGAAGAUGA